AAUGAUUUUAUUGUGACGUCAAAGUCAUUGUGAUGUCAUGACGGAACAAAUUAUUUGAUGUCAAAACAUAGACCUAAGGUACAUGAAAUUUAGGUCUAUGGUGUAAACAAAAUGUCAAAAUUCUUAAGCUUAUUUGGAGGAGCAAAAGUCAAAACUGUAGGUACUCAAGCUAUUUUGACUGAUUAUGGUCAAAUGUUAAAUUGUCUGCUGGAAUUGACAAAAUGCAACAAUGCGCUUCAAAACCUGUACCAGUCUAUACGGAAAAAUAUAAUGUACAGCAAAGAAAAACUCCAGUACUCGGAGGACUUGAUAGACAUGAUCGCAGAACAGUUUGGAGGUGUGGACGAAUUGCUGGGACGUGUAAGUGAAAGUCUCCGUGUCGAGGAAGACGCAUUGCGACGAAAGAAGGAGUUGUUGAGAAAGAUGAAAGAAGACGUCGCUGAUUCCAAAUUCCGCCUCUUGUCAAUGAAAAAGCCAGAACUGGAAAAGUACACGAAAUUAGCCGAGGACCGAGGUGCUCCGAGCAUUUCCGGAUUUGUCCGCGAGGACCGAGAACAACUAGAACAGAGGCUUGCUAUCGCCAAGAUUGCUGUAAAUGAUUACAUUGAACGAAACUUCGACGACCAAGAGGCAUAUAAUGAUUCGAAGCUUUACAGGGAAUCUUUAGAGCAGAAACACAACAAUCACAUGCUAGUGAUCCUGAAUGAGUUUGGAUCCCUGAAAAAGAAGCGAACUUUCCUUCUGAGAAAUCCAAUGUUUAACGACAAUGAAGGGAAGAAAGACCUGCUGAAUUUGUUUAGAGUAUCCAAAGAAGAAUUAGAAGCAACCAAAAAGGAAUACACAUCAUUGAGAGAAACGAAAGAGGCAUUAACUGAGCGGAUCAGAGAGCAGCGACUCCACAAGUCCUCAACAGCAGACUCCAACCAAGAGAUUCUGAUGAAGAUUCUGGGUAAAAAAGAUGUAUCCAUGAAGUUAAACCUCCCGUACAAAGUCAUUGACCAGCGGGAAGUAGGACUGAAUCUUAUAACAUCUAUGUAAAUAAAUGGAAUGUACCUCUACUAGGACUGAAUCUUAUAACAUCCAUGUAAAUAAAUGGAAUGUACCUCUACUAGGACUGAAUCUUAUAACAUCUAUAUGACUAAAUGGAAUGAAUCUCUAGGACUCAAUCUUAAAAUGUCAGUAUGAAUAAAUGCAAUGCA